UCUGGAAGGUGAAGGUGGGACGAGGAGCUGGCAACUGUGGUCAAGCGGCGGCCGGCGACGGGCUCCACACAGCAAUGGCUUCCAAGAUGAACUCGAAAUGUACUUCCAAGACUAAACCUCGGAGGACGGAGCCCAAACAGCCCAAUGAGAAAUCUCCCAAAUCCUCGGAUAAAAACACUACCCUACCCUCGGAUAAAACAACCAUCACACCCUCGGAUGAGGCAAUUCCCAUGCAUUCAUAUGCAACUACUAUCCUACCUUCAGAGGAAGCAAUUUCGAACUUGGAUCUAACAAGGAACUGUGAAUUUGAUGCUUUGUAUAACUAUGUGACACAGGCUGGAGAGCUGGUCAUUACUGAUGUUCUCAAAGUUCUCUAUUCUCAGCAGUACAUCAAAUCUUGUAAUGGAAACAUGUCUGUAUUCGAUUAUUGCAUUACGAAUAAGCACUGGAGUCCUGAACGAGCAAAGAGGAAAUUUGAAUAUAGUGAAUGUCUGUCACAUAAUAUUAAAAAGCAGAAAACAGUGGAUGUACAUUUUGCAUUCAACGUUAUUGUGGAAAUAUGUGGCAAUGUAUUUGAGUGGUUGGAUCCAGAAUGUCGGAGCCAAAUCAAGUUAGUAAAGAAUUACAAGUACAAGAUUUGCAAAAAUUAUGGGCAAAGUAACAAUGAAAUUAGAGCUGAGCUACACAAGUUUUGGAAGAUAAUUAAAAACAUCUAUACGCAGGUUAGUCAGGAAUUCAAAACUGACUUUAAAGAAAGCCUUAGCGAGAUAUUAAGGAUGCUAAAACUUUCCGAAGAAAGUAUCGUUCAAAGCCAAGAUUUGUCAUUAGACAAAAACGUUUUCCAUAAAUUUUCAAAUGACACUGAAGUUCAUAAGCUAAUUAUGGCUCAGAGAGAACUAUCAGAUCACCACAAGAAGCUACAAGUGGCAAAUCCUUUCACCUGGACAGAUGAUCAGUGCUACCAAAGUUCUAAAGGUGAAGUCGUGGCUAAACUGGUUACAAACGAAAUUUACACACCAUUGGGUAUUGGCGGCACUGAAACAAAAGUUAGCAUGAAUCAGGUGCUGAAAGCUACCAAGAGGAUAGCGGAAGAAGAGGUAAUAACUCCAGUUUUGAUAAUAAAUGGCGUUGAAGGUUCAGGAAAGACGACUAUCUGCUACAAUCUUGUGCAAAAUUGGCUUGGAAGAUCAGGCAUAAUUGAUGAUCUCGAUAAUUUUGAUUUAGUGUUUCUUAUUGAACACAGCAAAGUUAAGUCUAAGGUUUUUGAAAAUGUAAUGAGGGAACAGAUGUUGACAAAAACUUGCAGAGAUUUUGAAAUUGACAAAAUUCUUCAGUUUAUGAAGAGACUAGAUAUAAUUUUUAUUAUAGACGGAUAUGAUGAAACUACUAGAGAUACCUUUCCCAUUGUUGAUGAAAUAUUUGAGCAUUUUGGCAACAAACGCAUUAUUCUGACGACGCGACCAGACUCACUUGGAGCCACCACAACUCUCAUAUUAAAAAAACAUGUUAACUUUCAUACUAUUGAGGUAUCAGAACUUGAUGAUCUCUCACAAAUUAGAAUGGGUAAAGCUAUUUACAAGCAUAUGUGUAACAAUCGUAAAGCUGAGAGAACACUGAAUAAAUUUGUUGAGUAUCACCAUAGAGGUGCUGGGAGGAACAUUCUAGGUCAUCUGAGACUUCCACUCACUGCUGCUCUUUAUAUGGUCCAUUGGAGAACUGGUAAGAUUAAAGUGCAAACAGGAACUGAACUACAUGAUGCUUUAUUCAACAAAAGCACAGAAAAGUUGGAAAAUCGCAAAGGCACCACCAAUGUAACUGACAAAGACAUAUUGUAUCACGUAUUGCCUAAGUUAUUAGGAAAGUCAGCAUGGAUGCUUCUCAAGAAUAAAAUGUAUACUCUGCAAGAAAGCAUGGUAGAUGAAAUACGAGAAUCCGUAAAGGGUCUUAAUGUUGAUCUUAUUGACGUGCUACUACCAUAUCUAACAUGUAACUCCAACCACUAUUCACAACCUACUACGAGAGAGCUUUCUUUUAUGAACAGACCUCAACAGGCAUAUUAUGCCUCUAGAUUCUUAACGGAAUGCAUAACAGAAAAGAAAACUACUGUCCGAGAUAUUGAACAGCAAGUGAGUAACUGGAAAGACUUUAGUUUUGUUCUUUUAUUUCUUAUUGGACAUUUGACCUCUCAUGAAAAAAUGGACAAAAUGAUUGUGAAACAAGUACUAAAUAUUAUCGAUAAUGCAGGUUUUACCGCGGAAAGUUACAGCUAUUGGUGGGACCUCUAUGUUGAGAGUAAGGGUGAUGAAACUGUUACAGAUUUCAUUGUCGAAAGAUUUUUACCUAAAUCUCAUUGGGUAGUAAAUGACAAGACUGUUGUUCCUGCUCUUAAACUCCUUGGGUCUUGUCCAGUUAACCUUAAAAGUUUGAAGAUUGACAUUCCUAAUACCAUCGAUCCUUUUGAUAUCCCAGAAUUCCUAAGUACCAUGCAGAGUUUUCCAACCAAAUUAGAAGGGAGAUAUGGGAAGCACAAACAAAUUGAAGUAGAGUUGCACUUUUGGCAUCAUGAUGAAACAGGAAGUACUGAGCCGUCUGACAAGUUUCUCCGUACCCUACACCCAUGGGGCAUGUUGGUGAACUUCACGGGUGAGCUUGGGGAACAGGAAGAAGGAAAAGAGUUGAUCUGUAAGGCAAAUAGUGCCAGAACUUUACGUGUCCGACUGAAAACGCCUGGGGCGCUCAGAACUUUAAGAAGCUUCACCAGACGCGGGUGUGAAGCCUUCCAGAUCGUUCGCAUCACCAUUGCCAUCCCUGAAGAAUGCGACCCAGCAUCUUUCACAGAGCUUAACUGUCAGGAUCUAGAACUUAAUUUUAAAGAAAUAUCUGUUGAAAAUAAGGAAUGGAUAAUUAAGGCCAUGAAAAAUAUUGGUGGAAGAAAUGGAAUCAAAAGGGCAUAUUUCAACACCUGCACCUUGGACAUCAAGGCCCAAGCAAACUUCCUGAAGGAACUCUCUGGGAUUAUAAUUGAAAAAUUAUCAAUCUGCACCAUCAUGGAUGUUGAUAAAAGCCAACAGAAAAAGUUACAAGCCAAUGCUACGUUUACUGUCAACUGGAUAUAAUGCAGAGUACUUCCUGGAGGCCCAGUACCACACAACCCUCAAAGGAUCUGUAUGCCAUCAUUACUUAAGUCAUCUUCGUGGAUAUUGAUGAAUACCAAGAGAAAAAGUUGUAAGCCAGGAUUUACUACGUUUACUGUCAACUGGACAGUAAAGUACCACGCACCGCUCUAAGGGUCUGUUAUUUAUUUAUUUGUUUUAUUUAUUUAUUUAUUUUAUUUAUUUAUUUAUAUACAAGAAGUUAAUUUGCAUCUUCGUGGAUAUUGAUGAACACCAACAGUAGCGGCUGAAAGGACUAAUUGCUACUUUUUUAUUUUACUGUUGACUGGAUAUUUAGUUAAAUAUCAUCUGGAUUACAAUUAAUUAACAUUGUCAUUUCCAGACUUUGCAAAUAUAAA